AUGAGUGACGACCGUGUCUUUCCGGAAUGUGUAACCAAUGAAACACGGACCAACUGCUUCAAUGUCGCUUCGAACUCCGUCGUUUCUCAUAAUCAAGAAAUAUGGACUCCUGUCGUUAUCCAACGAGUAGUAUCCAUAGGGGUCAUUAUGAUUUUCACGCUCAUUGGAAAUACUACAAUAAUUCUGGUAUUGUCAUGCAGCAACUACAGGAAACGUAAUAACAGAAUUAAUAUAUUUAUAAUUAACCUAGCCGUUGGGGACUUGAUGGUUUGCUUUGGAACAAUGUCGACGGAAAUCCUAUUUGUUGCAUUUGGAGAAUGGGUUUUAGGGCAAUUUGGAUGUAAGCUGUUGACCUACAUCCAGGUUGUGACAUUAUCAAGCACAACAUUCAUCUUAACGGCUAUGGGCAUUGACCGCUACAUGGCUAUUUGUAAGCCAUUAAGGUUUACGAUAUCAAACUCAAGAGCUCGGAGAAUGGUGAUUAUCUCGUGGAUUCUCUCUCUAGUGGUGUCUAUUCCUCAAUUAUUUAUAUUCGUUCAGACGGUUGAUGAUGUCAAUCCAGACAACUCUGUCAAAUAUGGAUGCCAUAGCAAAGGAUAUACGGCUCAAUGGCAGAGACAGCUAUACCUCACUUUCAUGACAGUAUACAUUCUCAUUUUCCCUGGGGUUGUUUUGUCAUUUUGUUAUAUUAAUGUGGCCAGAGUUGUUUGGAAGCAAGGUCGAUCCGAAUCCUACUCAGCAAACGGAGACACAUCAUUAAGACGGUUCAUAGUGAACAAAGGAAUAAUAUCUCUGGCAAAGAUGAAAACAGUGAAAAUGACGUUUUGUAUAAUUAUUACAUUUAUUGCCUGUUGGACGCCUUACUUUGUCACAACGCUUUGUAUUGUAUACGGUGACUUGCACAUUCCUCAAGCUGUUUUAGCCUUUGCUGAAACUAUUGCUUUACUCCAAAGUGCCGUUAACCCAUUGCUGUAUGGCUUAUUUAACAUUAAAUUAUUUAAAGGCUUAAUGGAUAUAUUUUGCCCACAUAAACAGCAGUGCAAUGUUAAUGGACGCUGUAAUAAUCCUCGGGGCGGUUUCCUUUUGUCUGCCACGGAGGAUAGACGACACUUUAAUACAGUGAACCCAUCCAAAAAUUUGGUUAAGCCCAGUCCUAGGGAAAAAAUCUCACAAUCAGGCACGUCAUCAGGUGAGGGAUCUACGGACAAGGCAGGAUCGUCAACAAGGUCGCAUGGAGGUAGCUGUAUAGUUUCCGAAUCAAAUGUGAAUGGUUUCAAACUAAGGGUGCGAUUCAUGGCUAAAGAGCCUAUUCAAGCGCAUGAUAGACAUGGCAGAUGCUUAUACCCCGGCGAACGAAAAUGUGAUGAAGAGUGUACAUUAUAG